AUGGAAGAAACCAGGAAGCUCUCUCCAAAGCUGUGUAAAAGCAAAGAACCGGUGAAAACAGAAUGGGGGUCUCAGAGUGUUGUAUUUACAUAUUUCCAAGGGGAUAUUAACAGCGUGGUAGAUGAACAUUUUUCUAGAGCUCUAAGCAACGCCAAGAACCCACAAGACCUGAGCACAAAGCACAAGGAGGAGACUGUUGUCCUGAAGAACGUAGAUAGCAUGUCUCCCCAUCAGUGGAAUUUCUCUUCACAUUGCUCCAAACCAUAUGCGUCAUCUUCUGCUACGAGCAUGUCAAAUUCUGGCCUGAACUUUGCUGCUGCUGGCAUGGCAGGCCAAUACCAGCCAUCAGCUCUGCGGAGUCAUUCAACUCAACCUGCAGAUUUAUGGCCCUUCCCUUCGAUUGGGACUCCCAGUCUUACCAGUUCGGUAUAUCAUCAUGCCUUGCCUGACCCGCACGCGGUAGAUGACCCCAUCUCUGACAGGAAAUACGGUUCUCUUCUUGGUCUUCUGCAACAGGAAAGGUGCUUGACAUCCAUGCAAGAAUGUACCAUGAAGCAACACUCAAGUUCUACUUGUAUGACUGGACCUGCUAGGUUACAAAAUAUAAGUCAAGGUUCAGCUCCUGGGGGAGAGAGGAAAGCAAGUUCUUACAGCUCAGAAAAUCCCAGUGUAAGCCAUGCCACUGCAGGUAUUCAGAUUCACGACAGAAGACGAGAUUUGUACUUUUAG